CUCCCUAUAAGUAUUGCAAACCUUUGGUUUCUUGAACCAUUUUACAUAUACACACACCUCUCUCUCUCUCUUGACUCUCUCUCUCUCACACACACAUACACACACUGAUUGGUAUGCUGCCAAACAUGUUUCGACCUUUUAGAAGCGAUAAGUCAUCAAGGGCGAAGAAAAUUGAACUUGGAAUGAACGACGAGGACAUUUAUGGCGCGGAAGAGAGGCAUCAUCUUCAUUGUCUUCAUCAUUGUCAUUAUCAUCGACAACAACGAGGUUAUGGCGCGCAUCCGUCGUCUGUGCCAUUCCGAGGAGAUCCCCUCCAAACUUGCAACAAUUCCUCCUUGAAAUGCCACAAUAACAACAACUAUAGAAGCGGGCAGAGGUUGAAGAAGAGGAUGACGAGCAAAGUCUCCAAUUUCUCCGAUCUGAUCCAGCGUGUCACCGCCAAUUGCCUCCUCCACCCUCUCGCCGGAAUCUCCAGGGCGGACGAAUUAUCUGUCGCCGACGAGGAGGAGGAGGAAGUGUACCAGAACGCGGUGGCGGAGGAAGAGGAGGACGACGACGACGACGAAGAGGAUUAUAGGAUUGGAGCUAAUUGGGAAGAUGCGAAGCACGGCGAGGAUCCGCCACCGCCGGCGAAGGUAAUGGAGCUGCAGGUGAUGAUGAAUCAGGUGUUCGACGCCGUGUCGGCGAUGAAGAAGGCGUACGUUAGCCUCCAGGAGGCGCACUGUCCCUGGGAUCCGGAUAAAAUGCGCGUAGCUGACGUGGCGGUGGUUGCGGAGCUGCGGAGGUUGGGGCUGCUCCGAGAGAGGUUCAGGCGGAGCGUCGGAGGCGGCGGGAGGUGGCCGGGGAUGGGAAUCGGAAUCGGAAUGGGGGCGGCGACGCUCCGGGAAGUGGUGGCGCCGUACGAGGCGGCGAUGGAGCAGCUUAAGCGUGAGGUCAAGGCGAAGCAGGUGGAGGUCGAAAACCUCCGCGACAAGCUCAAAACGGCGACGUCUUUCGACCGCAGCGCCGGCGGCGGCGGCAAGUCGAAGGGAAAAUCUAAGCGGCGAGUAAGCUGUUCCACCCAAGUUGCUCCGGCGCCGGCGCCGGCAUCGGAGCUGUUCGAGUCGACGAUGACCAUCGUCAAAGAAGCCUCGAAAUCCUUUACGGCGCUUCUUCUCGCCCUCAUGCGUUCAGCCCAUUGGGACAUUGCUGCCGCAGUCCGGUCCAUCGAAGCCGCCUCAUCAGCCACCGCCACCACCGCCGCGCCAUUCCUCGACUCCGUGAUCAACAUCAACCACGCAAAGUAUGCGUUAGAGUCGUACGUCAACCGCAAGAUCUUCCAGGGGUUCGACCACGAGACAUUCUACAUGGACGGGAGCCUCUCCUCCAUUCUCCACCCAGACCAGCACCGUCGGGACUGCUUCACCCAAUACCGCGACAUGAAGGCCAUGGACCCUGUCGAGCUCCUCGGGAUAUUGCCUACGUGCGGCUUCGGGAACUUCUGCUUCAAGAAGUACCUCUCCAUCGUCCACCCCAAAAUGGAGGAGUCGUUGUUCGGAGACUUGGAGCAGCGGCGGCAGGUACUCGACGGCCACCACCCGAGAAGCCAAUUCUACGGCGAGUUCUUGGGGUUGGCUAAGGCCGUGUGGUUGUUACACUUGCUGGCAUUCUCGCUGGAUCCGCCUCCAAGCCAUUUCGAGGCGAGCAGAGGUGCCGAGUUCCAUUCUCAGUAUAUGGAGAGCGUUGUGAGGAUCGGCAGGGAGUCGUCGAUGGUCGUCGGGUUCCCGGUCAGCCCUGGUUUUAAGCUUGGGAAUGGGUCGAUUAUAAGAGCCAGGGUCUAUUUGGUGCCCAAGAACUAAUGAUGAUCAGGUUGCAAUGGAGAAGUAAAUCUUUGUGGUUUUUCUUUCUUUCUUUCUUUGAUGUACUUUUCACGUUGUGUAAUAAUAGUCGAGUCUCUCCCUGAAUAAUUUUUGGCUUUAGCUUUCUACUUAAAAAAGAGUAACAAAAAUUAA